UCAAAGCAGGUAGUGUCCUAACUUUCAUUUUCAGAGAAAUGAAACAAAUUUUUAUGAAUACUGAUUCAUGGAAAACCCUCCCUAACCUUUUCCUGUAAAUAUAUUUCUACGCUUGUCAUAGCGGUAUUUGAACAGACAACAUAUUUCUAAAGUGUGCAAAUACUUUCAGAUUGUCUUUGUAAGUGAAUCUUCCAUUCACAAUACACAAAAAUGCAUUUCUACCUGUUACACCUUCAUUUUUGUGUAUUGUGAAAUGGAGGACAAAAAUUUAUGACAGCAGGGGGUGGGACUUUACACCCAUUUCUUGGCAAAUAAAAAGGUUUGUGCUGCCUUAUUGAAUACUGCACAACAUCUGACUGUUAGCAGAACGGUAAGACAAUUCAUGCAUUUCACUGUCUUAUCAAUUAUUUGUCUUCAAAUAUCUCCAUUCCAAUUGGAAAAAUAAAACUGAUAAUGUGCACCAUACCCUCAUUCAAUCAUGCAACAGCAAUUCCAACUAACCUUAGAGAUUCACUAUCAUGUCUCGACGUUGUAUGGUCUGAUAUGUUUGAGACUGGAGACUCUGUGAAUGACUGGGAAGUAGCUAUGACUGAUUUUCUCAAAGGAGCUCCAGCACAGUGGCGGCAUUUUAACACAUCAGAGAGCUCGCCAUUUGUAGAAAGGGAUGUCUUUAAAAAAUUAAUUCAGUUAAUUGAGAGAAAAAAAAGGAAAAGCUGUCUGAUCACUGAAGUUUCUUUACAAUACAAGCCUGGCAGUGGAGGGUCAACCCUCGCAAUGCAGGUGCUUUGGCAUUUUCGCAAAGACCUCAGAUGUGCCAGAGUGAUCGACCCUGAUUUAGAUGCUAAAAAGCUGCCGAAACAAGUGGUGGACCUUUUUCUACUGUCUAAUGAACAACAUGCAAAACGUGAUCAGAAAACUGUGCUGCUGUUACUAGACACAAAGGAAAACACAAACAAUGAUCAGCCAAUCAAGAAUACUCUCUGGGAAAACCUGAUUGACGAAAUACAGAAGAGGGACAUCAAAACAGACACUCCAGCUGUGAUCAUUUUAAACUGCAGAACUGCAGACUUUCCAACAACAGGUAGUGUGGCAAUUACAAUGACGCUCUCUUCAACUGAGAAAAUGAGGUUUGAUCAAAAAAGGCAGGAGCUGGAAGAGAAAUACAAGGAAAGGUCACAGAACUUUCACGCCUUUAACAUAAUGCAGGGAGGUUUCAAGAAAGAGGAUGCUGAGAAAGUGAUCACAGCAGAAAUGGUAGAACACGUUAAAAAUCAUCCAAAGUCCAAAAGCACAAGACUUCUGAGUUUUUUGGCUUUGAUAAAUUCAUACGUCCCAGGCUCACACUUGUCGAGGCUUUCAUGCGAGGAAUUCAUUGCAAAAACAGGCCGGUCCUCCGAUGAGGAAAACGCCCCACUGGAAACAACAAUGAAGCCUUUCAUGGAUCUUAUAGUCAUAUUCUCAGAGGGAAAACCUGUAAAAACCGACUACAUACGCAUGGUGCAUCCAAUGAUUGCUGAUGCAUGUGUAAAAAUGCUCACUGUGCACAAACUGACAAGAUUUGACAUCGCUUCUGACUUCUUGAACAGCAUGGUAAAAGGAAAGGAGAGGAAUUACAUGCAAAUUUGCAAGAGAAUGUUAACCGAUAGGCUCGACACAGAAAAAUACAAGUUUUCAAAACUGAUUCUUGACCUCUUGAAGGACAAGAGCAAGAAUGCCAAGCAAUGCAUUGAUUUGUUGAAGCUGGCUUCAGAUUUGUUCACCAAUGACCCUUUUUAUCCUCAAGCACUUGCACGUUUGUAUUAUAUUGAGGUAAACAAAUAUGAUGAGGCCAAACGCUGGGCAAAUAUAGCCAUUGACAGAGAUCCCAAAAAAUCUCAUAUUAGGGAUACACUGGGGCGAGUUCACAAAAACCACCUGUGGAACACAAAAACAUGGACAGAAACAGUUUUGAACAUUGCAAAGUCUGCCAUUAAAGCGUUUCAAGAGGAAGAGAAAGCAGCUGAAGACGAGUCAGAAGACAACACCAGUUUCAAUAACAGGGGCUACUUUGGAUUUCUCCAGGUUUGCAAGGGCAUUUAUGAUUUGCCAAAAAAACCUCUUGAACAAAAAUGCAGUAAAUUCAUCAGUGGUCUCGAAGUUGACGUUAAGAAAAGAUAUGAUUUCUUUGAAUGGUACCUGGCAUUCUCAAGACCAAGGAUCAAUAAAAAGGAUCCAGACUACUUUCAAUAUACUGUUGAAGAGUGCUACAAGCGAUAUUUUAAGAAGGAAAAGACUGACGAAGCCACCCUGAAUGAGAAAAAAAUGAAGUCUUUCGGAGGACUACUUCAUUUCCUAAAACCUGAUGUAAGUGUGCUUCAACAAACAUUUAAAAAUCCACAAUCUGAUGAUGAAACCCAAAACAUUCUCUACGUUCUUGCCAACAUCAUCCUGAGUAUGUCUGACAAGCAGUCUGAAAACAUAGAAGAGCUCCAGGCCAGUUUACAGAAACUUUGGGUGAGCAAAAAACAAGGCAGAAGCCCGGAGUUUUACUUCUUGAUCCUUUUGCUCUUUUGGUUUGAUGAAGCGCAGCCAGGAAUCCCAAACCCUCCAGACCUUGAAGACUGUGUCAAAUAUAUGGGUGAGUCAUAUGAGAAGAAGUAUCGGAAAUACCUUCGCGGUCGCUACCUGGUGCCUCUGUUCUUCUUUGGGACAGAGAAUGGCUUGCAGAGAUUGGUUCACAGCUCAAAACUACAAACCCUAAUCCAAACUACAAAUCAAAAUGAUGAUGGAGGAGCCUUGGAGUUCCUAUUGGAAGGAGAUAAAAAUGUCAAUUGUCUCCAGCGUAUCACCGGGGAGGUCAAGAUGCAUAAUAAAGUGUUUGCUAUAAGAGAUGGGAAACAGAUUCAAGUCACCCCUCACAAACCGGCCAGUGUGUACAAACAAGGCAAGGUGUCUUUCUACCUUGGCUUCAAUAUCAGAGGACCUGUUGCCUUCAGCAUCAGAUACACUGAGAUACUAGUUCAUGAAUCAUCUUCAUGACAUUCUUUUUGCGUUGACACUGGAAAUGUUCAACAGUGCAGCUCAUACAAUGACAAAACGAGAAAGAGAGAGAGAGAAGGGAAAAUACUUUCCUCUCAGCUGGAUGUGAAAAAAGACAACAUUUACCAAAUCAUGUUUAUUUAGUAAUCAGUAUGAUAGUUAUAUUAGAAUUGUAUGAUUGUGGGGACUGUGGGGAAUGUAGAGAACGUGUUAAGGAAAAUAAGUUAAAAAAAUAUUAGUUGUAAUGCUGGUGGUGGGUCGGUUAGUUCAACCUAUUUUUAAUUGUUUUGACCACUAAAUAAUUUGGAAAUUCACUUGAACAUACUUUCAUUAGAAGUUGUAAUAACUCAAAAAGAUUCCUGCAUUAAUUUUGAGCCAAAUGUAUUGAGCCAAAACAUUUGUUUUUAGAGUGUAUUUUGUGGAUUGGCCAGGAAAAACUCCAAUACAUUAACAAAAAAUAAAAUACAGACUAUAUUAUACUGAC